GUUAGAAAGUUGUGCUCAAAGAUAAAAUAGGUACUGAAAAAAAUAUAAAAUAAUGGAAGAAAGUGACAAUAAUUCCCGUGUCGCAGGCUUGCUUGCCUAUCAUUUAGUCAAUCUAGUUCUGCAGGAGGGUUGCAUGAUUGCAAACGCCGCCUUAGAGUCGGGGCGUCCUCGUGAAUAUUUGUCAACGAGAGUGAACACCGUAAGAUCAGAUUUGACGUUCGUUAUUCGUGCGGGCGAAGACGCCACAUAUAUCGACAACGCGGUCGAUAACUUCAUUGAGAAGGCUGAUAAUGCUAAGAUGGAGUCGGAACAAAAUUUGUUGGUGACGUCUACACCGCAAAAAGUUGAAGACGAUAAAACUAAAAAAGAAAAUGGUCAAGGAGACGACUAUACAGAGGAGCAAAAACACGAGUUGAACAACUCUACAUCUCUAUUCAUAAAUCACUUGUUUGACAUAAGUGACGUGGAAUUAGGAAUUAACGACCAUGCAAAUCAUGCACAGAAUACUUACAACGAGUUAUUGCCUUUCUCUAUAAGCAACGUAAUGGAUUUUUACAUGAACGCAGAACUUGAUGCGUUCCGUAUAACAGAAGAUAAAAAGAGAGAACCUGUUGACAAACAAGUUAGGAUUUCAGGAAAUUCUUCCUUUUCUUACAUCGAAGAAGAUUAUGAGAAUGACGUAGUGUUCUACAUAGAUAAUGACGAUUCACCAUGUACGGAAAAUGUUUAUCAGAUACCGCAAGAUCCAAUGACGUCACAAAUGGCAUUACAGUGUGAUCUUGAUAACAAGAACGAAAAUUCGGAAUUAUAUGAAAACACGUAUCUUACUUUGAACCGUGAUUACGAUCAAUGCUCCGAUGAGGAAGAGUUUCCUAUACUAGAAGAUCCCAAGGGGAUGUUGAUGCAAGAAAUUGAAUUGCUGACAGCAAAUACUUCUAUCGAUACUGGCCGCUCGUACGAGGAGCCCGAGGAAGGCAUACAUAACGAUCAUAAGAAGGAGCGGGAAGAUUUUGCAGCAACCUCCGGCAUCUCUGCGGGCUCCCGCAAAAGUAGACUCGUUCGUCGGUGGCGUUUGCAGGGUGCCAGGGUCCUGGCCUGCAUCCGGGGCUGGUGGCGACGCAAAGCUACAGGAAAACGCAAGGCAGAGGGAUCUGUUAGCCAGCGGCCACUGUCGCCAGGCGUGCGCCGCCGCGCCGCCAGCCUGCUGGACCAGCGUGUGUCCUCCACCGCGCUGCCCUGCCACGCCAAGUCCAACACCAUCAACGAGGCACUCCUCAACUCCCAGCUCUGGAUGGACUACACCUUCGAAACUAAACCUAAUGAUUGUGGUGAUGUUUAAUAGCCUUGCCGUGAGAUUUAAAGUUGAAUGAUUUACUUAAAUUAAAUGAUACUACGAAGUA